AUGCAUCUGUUCCGGAGCCACAACUACCAAGUGUUCCCGCACCGCCACGCAGUGCACACGCAGACCGUGCGGGGCAUCAGCUGGACUCCACUGCCGGAGGCUCUGGAUUCUAAGGACACCAUGAAGCAGUUUCUUUCAGACCGAGUUGUGAAAGCAGCGAGGUCUGUGUUCAGUGUCAUGAUUGAGAAGAACCCCGGCCUGGUCCGAGAUAGAAAGCAUCACCUGAAAACAUACAGGCAGUGCUGCUCAGGAAAGGAACUUGUUGACUGGCUCAUGACGCAGAGUGAGUGCCUCCAGUCAAGAAGUCAGGCUGUUGGAAUGUGGCAGGUCUUGGUGGACGAGGGAAUCCUUGUUCAUGUAAAACACGAGUUAAACUUCCAUGACAAGGAUUCCCAGUUCUACCGCUUCCAGGACUCUGAGUUUGGUGUGAACCACACGACAAAUGAGAAAGACUUGGAGGACGAGCUGCAGGAAGCUCUGUCCCUGCUGUGUCAGCUGGGCCCAGACGCUCUGCUCACCAUGAUUCUGCGCAAAAGCCCCAGUCAGAGAAGUGAUGAGGACAUCGAGGUCAUCUAUGAGGAGCUGCUCCAUGUGAAGGCUGCAGCUCACCUCUCCUCCUCAGUGCGUAAAGAGCUAGCUGCAGUGCUGGUCUUUGAAUCCCACACUAAGGCUGGAACAGUGUUGUUCAGUCAGGGGGAUAAAGGCACCUCCUGGUACAUCAUCUGGAAAGGAUCAGUGAACGUGAUCACACAUGGAAAGGGUCUUGUGACCACUCUGCAUGAGGGGGAGGACUUUGGGCAGCUGGCUUUGCUGAAUGAUGCACCGCGUGCUGCCACCAUCAUCUUAAGAGAAGACAACUGCCACUUCCUUCGUGUUGAUAAGCAGGAUUUCAUCCGAAUCCUCAAGGAUGUGGAGGCUAACACGGUGCGGCUGGAGGAGCAUGGAAAAACUGUGCUGGUGUUGGAGAAGAGCACAACCUCAGCUGAGCAGGGAGGAGCAGGAGCAAACAGCAAGUACACAGUUAUGGCAGGAACGCCUGAGAAAAUCCUGGAGCACCUGCUGGAAACUGUGAAGAUGGACUCAAACGGAAAUGAUCCCAUAGAUCCCUGCGUCAGUGACUUCCUGCUCACCCACAAAGUCUUCAUGUCCUCCAGUCAGCUCUGUGCUGCUCUCCAACAUCAUUACCAGGCAGAGCUGAGCGAGGGCUCCGAGCAGGAGAAGGACGCCUACGUCCUCAACACCAAGCAGAAGGUGGUGAGGCUGAUUGGCCAGUGGGUGGCGCUGUACAGCUUUCUGCUCAAAGAAGACCCAGUUACAGUGGACUUUUUAGAGAGGAUGAAGAAGGAGGUGUCGGCUGACUGUCGAUUGUCCAGCAUUCUGAAAGAACAGUUUAAAGAGAGACGAAGAACAAAAAUGUUGGAGAAUGGUUAUCAGUCACUGAGCAGGAAUCAGCAGUUUGACUGGUUUUCACACUGUGAGGAGCCGGCAGGGAGGGUCCUGCCCAUCAGAGCGCAGGAUAAAGUGUUGUAUGAGAUCUACAAGUCAGAUUACAAACCUCUGUCUCUGAUGCUCCCAGUGGACUCACCUGUACAGGAAGUGAUGUCAGCAGUAGUCAAGCCAGGUGGAGAUCAUGUCCUGGUCAAAAUGAACUCCAGUGGAGAAAGAGCUCAGUUAAAGCUGGAAGCAUCUGCAGUCUACACCGCCCUGGGUCUCAACGAGAGACUUUUUAUCUGCACGAGCAGUGAAGUGGAACAACUGAGGCCCCUGAAGGAGCAGCAGGGUCCUGAGCGGGGGACAGCCGACCUUAUUGAGCAGAUGAGCUCUAAAGACAUCGCCAUUGAACUCACCAACUAUGACUGGGAACUGUUCACUGCCAUGCAUGAGGUGGAGCUCGUCUACUACAUCUUUGGGCGUCACAAAUUCCCGGGUGCCAUCACGGCCAACUUGGAGCGGUUUGUUCGCCACUUUAAUGAAAUUCAGUAUUGGGUGGUGACGGAGCUGUGUCUCUGCGAGGACCUGGUGAAACGGGCCGUCCUGCUCAAGAAAUUCAUCAAGAUGGCUUCAGUGUUAAAGGAUCAGAAGAAUCUCAAUGUCUUUUUUGCUGUGAUGUUUGGUUUAGGCAACAGUGCAGUGCAGAGGCUGUACAAGACCUGGGAGAGAAUACCAAGCAAGACCAAAAGAAUCUACUGCACUUAUGAGAGACUAAUGGACCCUUCACGCAACCACAGGGCCUACAGACUGGCUGUGGCUAAACUCAGCCCUCCUUACAUCCCCUUCAUGCCACUGCUGCUGAAAGACAUGACGUUCAUCCACGAGGGCAACCCAAACUGUCUGGACAAAUUGGUCAAUUUUGAGAAAAUGCGAAUGCUUGCAAAGACAGUGAAAAUCGUACGAGGAUGCAGAAGCCAACCUUAUGUGCCUUCAUCUCCACAGAGGGGCCUGGCUGAUCGGAUAUUUCUGGAAGGUCCUACACGUUUAUCUACGAGCUCAGAACACGCCCUUCCUCUGCGCACUCCCAGCAACAUCCGACACUACAUCCAGAACCUAAAGGUGAUCGACAACCAGAAGAAGCUCACGCAGCUGUCAAGAACGAUGGAAUGCUGAGAUGUUGGCCUUCACGAGCCAAAAGACUGAGAACAACUAAAUGUAAAUCACAGAACAAGAUGCAGGAGGAACUAAACGGGCCCAUCCUCAGAGAGAAAUGCUCCAGGAGAUGAACGUGAUGGAGAGUGCUGAACUGCAGUGGUCCAACAAGCGUUACAUCCCUUUAAAAAGGCCCUGUAACAAAAUGUACAAAGUACUGCACUCUAUGGUGUCCAUGUUUUUAUGAGACUGACACAUCUGUGCCACAAAUAUUUGUUUAGCUUCUUGCGCACCAGUGUUUUCUCUUCUAAAGUAAUAUAUUGUAUCAUAAAAGUUCUGGCAGUGAGGCCACUAACUGACAUGCACAUAAUUUCAUACUUUGUUUUCUAAAUAAAUUAUUUUCCCAUUUAUGUAUUUUUAAUGAGAACACACAGGUUUUUACAAAGGGAAAUCUUUUAUUUAUAGUACAAACAAUAGCAGGCAACACUUUUUUAUGUCCUAAGAGCCACCAUCCACCUGACACAACAAGUCCUCCCCAAUAUGGGGCGAGAAAAUUUACAACAAAACAGUUCAUAAUUCUCUCCUCGUCACAAAUAUGUACAGCAUCUUUUUCAAAGUUCUGGAGAAUGAAAAU